AUGGACGAUAUUCACGCGCCUACCGUCUCUUCAGGGCCAACAUCUGGAGGCUACACAAAUGGAGUGCCAAAGGAGCAGCUCUCGCUGCAGGAGCUCAUUGCAGAGAGGGGCAGGGUUGAGACAGAGCUCAAAGCCCUGGGGCAAGUCCUGGAUUCGCAUGGUGUCAACAUGAGCACUGGCCUUACCACUUUCGAUGGCUUCCCUCGCAGUGACAUCGAUGUCCCUCAGAUACGAACGACUCGAGCGCGCAUAAUACGGCUCAAGAACGACUACAAAGACCUCAUGUCACGCAUUGAGAAGGGCCUGCACGAGCACCAUGCGCGACUCGCGGAGCAGGCACAGAGCAGCCCCGCUGCAACACGCCAGGCACAGGCAGGACAUGGUGCAUCCCCAGCGACUCUAGAGGCGCCCUUCGCGAAGGUCAAUAGUGUGGUAGCGGGUAGCCCGGCUGAUGAGGCCGGCCUGCAAGUGGGCGACAGCAUAACCAAGUUUGGCUGGGUGGACUGGACAAACCAUGAGAGAUUGGGGCGAGUAGCUGAGGCUGUGUCGCAAAAUGAGGGAAUUCCGAUUACAGUCAAAGCCCUGAGGCCUAGCAGCUCAGGUGGCCCAUCGGAGACUGUACAGAUGCAGCUUACACCGCGAAGGGAUUGGGGAGGACGAGGCUUGUUGGGUUGCCAUUUGCUGCCCUUGUAA